CACUGGAAUUGCGACGAAUGCGAGGACAGCAUAACUUGGUGCAUACCGUAGAGACACUAUACACGACGAGCAAAGUGGAUAGGAGUGGAGUGGAAAUGGGUUAAAAAAAUAAAAAAAACCAUCCUUGUUUUCAGCUUGUUGGUUCGCGUCGUCGCGAAACAAAAGAGGAUCGACGGCAAGAAUGGCAGGGUUAAGGUUGAGAUGCUUUAUACCGCCAACGACUACGGAACCCUCCGCCGUCCGCUCUAACCCCCCUGCGAUCUCACUUGAGUGGAGGAAGAAUUCGGAAGUACGCCAGUCGAGGAACUGCAGAACUGCCGCCGCCCGACUGGGAGGCGAACGCCCCGACCCGCUCCUCGAGGCUGCUGUCCGUGCCGCUUUCCUUCGUUUCCAGGAGUCUCUCCGUCCUGAUCCUCAGUUCAUUGAUCCAUAUUCUAGCUGCCUUCUGUCUUCCACCGUUAGCCAUCAUGAUGUGGAGAGCAAAUAUUCACCUAACCCAUGUCAAUAUAGAUUGGCAACAAAAUUCAUCGACGAUAACUUGCUUUCUAUGCUUGGAACUACAGAAGAUCUUAGACAGAUUGUUUUAUUGACAGAUGGUAUGGACACCCGGCCUUACAGGCUGAAUUGGCCUCGCUCUUCUGUCAUAUUUGAAAUCUCUCCACAGAGUGUCUUCAAUAUUGCAUCUCAAAAACUCAAAGAAGCGGGAGCUAAAGUUUCAAGAAACUGUAUCUUGCUCCAUGUUCCUCUAGAAUCCACAGAUCUGCAGUUAGCGUUGUGUGAAAGGGGUUACAAUGGGAAUAAACCGAGUUUAUGGGCCAUUCAGGGGUUUCCCAUGUCAACUACGACAAACUUGAUAGAUAUAUUAUCCCUUGUAAGUUGUUCAGCUAUGAAAGGAAGCAUUUUCCUAGGAGAAUUUCCUACCUCGUUGGCAGUGGAAAGCUCUCAAAUUGAAGCAAAGGAUAAUAGACAAGACAAGAUACAAAGGCUUCUAGUAGACCACGGUUUUCUAGUGAAUGCAACCCGUCGUGAUGAGAUAAACAAAGAUUCACAAUUGGAUAAGUCCGGCGAUGGAAGUUUUCUGUUUAUUGCUGAACAGUUGAGGUUUUCUGAUGCCCAGAUGGAGAUCUGGAGGACACACUUGGAAAGGAUUGAAGAUGAAGGAGAUGAAGAAGGCUUUGACGAACUGUAGUUGAAUCGAUUCCAACAAUGGAGAAGCUACCAUCAGUUUUCUGGAGGAUUUUAGUACGACAGUUUUAAAAUAUUUAAAAUUUACAAUAAUUUAAAAUGAGAAAUAAUAUAAAUUUUAUUAGUUGUAAUAUAUUGAACAUUCUGAUCUGGACAUUGUGCAAGCUAACUUGAUCACAAAAAAUAUUUCAUUUAGAGAGACUUUAUUAUUA